AUGGCAAUCAAAUCAGAAACUUCAAGAACUAUCCUUGUCACCGGUGGUGCCGGAUACAUAGGCUCUUUCACCGUUCUCGACCUUUUAAACUCGGGCUUCGAGGUCGUCGUUGUCGACAACCUAAGGAAUGCCUCAAAGAAUGUCUUCGACCGAAUCCGCCGCCUGGCUGGAAAAUCAUCAAAAUUCUACGAGGUCGAUGUUACAGAUCAGUCAGCGCUGGAUGCAGUGUUUGUUGAGAAUCCUGGAAUCGAGGCUGUGAUCCAUUUCGCGGCCCUCAAGGCCGUGGCGGAGAGUCGGAUCAUUCCUCUGGAGUAUUACCACAAUAACGUUGGAGGGACCAUUAGCCUGCUGAGAUGCAUGGAGAGACAUGGCGUCCAUCAACUCAUCUACAGCUCCAGUGCGACGGUGUAUGGUGACGCUACCCGGUUCGAAGGCAUGAUUCCCAUUCCCGAGGAAUGCCCCCUCGACGCUGUUCAACCCUACGGUCGAACAAAAAUCACCAGCGAACGAAUCAUCGCCGAUUCCUGCGAAGCAAAUCCACAUCUCCGGGCUGGAUUGCUGCGUUACUUCAAUCCCGUGGGCGCACAUCCAUCCGGUCUCAUAGGUGAGGACCCAAAGGGUAUUCCAAACAAUUUGCUUCCACUGAUCGCCCAAGUGGCGAUUGGUAAACGAGAAAAACUCACAGUCUUCGGUAACGAUUUUGACACCCCCGAUGGCACUCCUAUUCGUGAUUAUCUUCACGUUGGUGAUCUUGCCGCUGGCCAUUUGUCUGCGCUUGAGAAAAUCCGACAAUUCCCUCCCGCGGACAGAUGUCGAGUGUGGAAUCUCGGCACCGGACAAGGUGCGACCGUCUUGCAGGUCAUUCACGCGUUCGAGGCCGCUACUGGUCUCAAGAUACCAUACGAGAUAGGUGGGCGAAGGCAGGGUGAUGUCUUGAAUUUGACGGCCAAAGUGGACAGAGCAGAGAAGGAGUUGAAUUGGAAGGCAAAGAAGACUCUGGAGGAGGCAUGUAAGGAUUUAUGGAAAUGGUGA